AUGAGCGGCGAAGACCGGUGGAGCAAAGCGUCCUCGUCACGCGCAUCGGCCGGAUCCUCCAGCUCGAUCUCGUCAUCGUUCCUAGGUCUCAAAGCCGAACUGGAACGAAGCAAAGCAACUUCCUCCUCGCUCGCCUCUUCGUCCUCGAAACGCAAACCAGACGACCUCGAUCGACCGUCUCGACGGAAACUCUCUUCCGCCUUCCUCGCACCACCCUCCUCUGACAAAGACAAAAGGCUCAAAGCUGCCACCGAUCACUCCUCCUCUUCCAAGCGCUCUUCUUCUUCUUCUUCGUCAUCCAACGAACCUUCGACAUCGCAACUCGAACGGAUCAAACACAAUCUCGAACGAAAAGCGCGUAUCUACUCUCAACUCGAAUCCGGCAAAUUCGGCGGAUUCACCAGCGCCGAGCUGAAGGAAGGCAGCAUCGACUGGGAUCGGAAACGGUCUCAACCGCCGAUACGAGCUUUGACACCUUCUCCACCCUUGAUAGAGGACAGGGACGAACGCCAGGUCGAGUACGUUGAUGAGUUCGGUCGGACGAGGAGGAGCAAACUGAGCGAGGUUCCAAGGGAGCUUCUGCCGAAAGAGUACGGUGGUGAUUUGGAAGAAGAGGAUGAGGGGCAGGAGGAGGAUAAUGCGAUCUAUGGUCCAAGUACGAGUUUCCCAGUGUACAAUCCGGAGGUUCAUCGAAGAGAGAGAUAUGCGAAAGAGGAGGAAGCGAGAGGGAAAAGGCACUUCGAUCCUGAUUUUGAUAGGAGACAUCGUGGUGCUGCAUUCUAUCGAUUCAGCGACAAGGAGGAUGAACGCAAAGUGCAGUUGGAUCAGCUGGCAGAGUUGCGCAACGAGACGAGGAGGAACAGGAGCGAGAUCGAGUAG